UAUCUCUUAUGUUACAUGAUUGUGCGAUGAAUUGUCUACAAUGUGUGCCAGUUAUACUUCUGUUAUUGUAUGAUUGUGGGGUUUAUGUCUUAAAACUAUUAUAUGUAAUAGCUCUAACGCUGUAUAAUUGUGGGGUGUAUUGUCUACAAAGUGUUCCAGUUAUGCUUCGGUUGGUGUAUGAUUGUGUGGUGUAUUGUCUAGAAAGUGUUCCAGUUAUACUUCGGUUGGUGUAUGAUUGUGUAGUUUAUAUGUUAUUAUCUAUUAUACAAUCUACACUUGUGUUUUUUACAAUUCUGUUGGUUGGUAUCGAUAAUUGGAUUUCUACUUGUUGGGUAAUUCUAAUUGAUCUAUCCCAAUGGAUUUACCCUGGAUUUAUCGAAUACUUUCAAUAUGUCGUUGAUUGUUUUGUCAUCCCCUAUUGGCCAGCGAUUUUAGUAUGUGCUUUAGUCUUAGUAUAUACCAUUGCUUUCAUGAAUAAAAGCGUUCCUAUAAAUAAAACUAGCAGUCCCGUAUCAUCAGUGUAUGCGAUUCCCGUCGAUACAACGAUGUUAGAAUCAAUCGAUCGAUAUAUUACAACCACUUGGGAUAAGCGACUUGUUGGGAUAGGACGAGAUGCUAAAAACCUUUUGAGUCAAGUAAAUAUUCACAUAGUUUCAGCCAAACAUGUGGUCAAUGCUAGGCUACUGGAAACUUACAACACUAAAAGAGAAACAAUACGUCAACUGGGUAACUGUGUACCUGUAAGUCAAUUACCUAACUGUUCUCGUGAAGUUGAGUCACGUGAUGGUCUUAGUACUCUACACACUUGUACUGAGGUGAAUGAGUUUUUACUACUACAUGGCACCAAAAGCGGAAAUAUCUCUAACAUCCUGUCCGAGGGACUGCAAGUGUCCAAAUCUAGAAAUGGCUUAUUUGGAUAUGGUCUUUACUUUGCUGAAUCUUCGACCAAAGCUGACCAAUACACAGAUAACAAAGACACUCGGAGUCCUCUAGGAACGUGUCUGUACAUGUUGAUCUGUCGAGUGACAUUAGGCCGUGUCUACGUCACAAAUGAAAGGAUACACAGCUCAGAGAUCGACAAAAACAAGUACGAUUCGUUGUUGUAUGACCCACCCAAAGGUAAAGGUCUUUUUAGAGAAUUUAUUGUCUUCGAUUCCAGUCAAGUUAUGCCAGCCAUCGUCAUUGAAUAUCAGAGGAAAUUUUGAAAUCUGUAUCAGAGGAAAUCUCUAGAAUAAUGAAAUUUGUGUCAGAUGAA